AAACUUUUUUGUUUUUUCUAUUCAGUCUUUUGUGUUUCCCCAGGUGCUCAAUUGUACCCUUAACCAAUUUUUUUAAGCAAGAAAAAGUUCAUUGUUCUAACCCUAGCUUUGACUUGUAUUUGGAAUUUGGGCUUUCUAUAAAUCUCCCCUGUUUCCUUCCAUGUGCAUCUCUCUCCUUUAUUGCAGAGUAUAACAGACAUAACAAAAAGAAAGAGGUCAAAAAAAAUGGUGUCUUUAAGUUUUAGUUCCUUUAUGCUUGUUAUGGUACUCUUCAUUUUUCUUUCCAUAAAGGACACAAUUGCUCAAAGUGAUGACCAUGUUAAACAAAUGGUCCAUGAGGCUGAAAAUGAUAACGCCAGGGCACUACGGAGUCAUCCGAGUGUAGAGAAGGAAGUUUUGGAUGGUGUAGCAGCAGCUGCGGAAUUCACUAAUGGGAAAAUGGGAGGAAGAAAAAUGAUGAUAGAGAGAAAGGAAAACAUGAAGAAAGUGGAGGAAACUGAUUCAUCAGGAAGCAUCAAUAGUUCAGCAAGUCCACUUGGUGAGUCACGAAAGAACAUUCACAAUGAUCAGGAUGAGAGCACUAGGAUUAACCAAAAAUCAACAAAUGGAUGUUGCUCGAAGAACUCAUCAUCCAAUAAGUUAGUUUCAACAGAUGAUCAAUUUGAUGAUAAUGAAUCAUUUCAUAAGCUUGAAUCAGAGAAACUUCUGGACGAUGCGACUGAGUUAUUCACCAUGAUGAACAAGGACUAUAUCGGAGGUCCAGGAUCAGGAAGCAAACCCCGUCACAAACCCCCAAUCAACAAUUUCCAACCUCUCCACACAACAAAUCCUUAAAAUUAUGUAAAAUUUUUGGUUUUGGUUCAACAAUCUUGGCCCAACUCAUAGCAGGGAAACUAAACACUAACCCAAUUUUGCUUAGUGGCAUGUGCCUUCAAGUACUAA